GGAUGAAAAAUGAAGAAGCUCCCAUCAGAACUGGUUACCCACCUGGGACUCCAGAUGCCCAUAAUUGUUACUGGAAUCGAUGGCCUACGCAUACAUUUGACUCUUGCAAAGUGGCAUUUGCCUGCAAGCUCAUCUCGCCAAAACAGCCAGAAUGCUUACACAUGCUUCGUUUGUUGUAUCUAUCAAGCCACAUAAAGCCUUCUGGUAAAGAUUUAAAGAUUUCAUUGGCCUCUAUUGAUAUGUUUGUGAAUAUCCUAUUGGGAAAUAAAUUGAAUAUAAAUAUGAAUGAUGAUGUGUUAAUA